AUGGUGGGCUCAUCUCCAUAUUCACUCUUCAGAGAGCAGUCCUCUCUCUGAGCUGGAGACACUGGUGAGCAGAGCUGGGUCCAGGUUCUUAUGAGUAAGGUGGGGAGGGGCCCUCGGGUGCUUCUGAUUUGGGCGGAGCAGGCCUAUACAGACAGGGGUGUAUAUCUACCUUCUGCAACUUCCAGGCCCCACCCACCUCCUCAGCGUGUUACGUGCAAUGACCUAUUUAAGAGUAAACCCAUUCCACCUAUGCCAAUUCGGGGCUAUCCAAGCACUGCCUCCCUUCCCUUCUAUCCAAGUUGCCUGGAUCAUGAGCUCCACAUGGGAGGGAAGGCGUUGGGUUGAGGGCUUGCGAUCAGAAAGUCUGAAGAUUGAAGUUUUGGUCCGUGCUGAUGUGUAUCACACACGAGUCCUUACCCUGUGUUCUGAGCCUGUGUCAUUUUUCUUCUUUCAGUCUCCCUGCUCCCACACACUUAUCCCAGACACGACAGUGCGGUGGUGGUGGUGGGUCUGAAGGCCCCAGCCCCACCCCAAAAGCUUAUCCUGACAAGUCCACCAUACUUUGGGGCCCAAGGGCAGUGCCUGGUGCUGCGCCCGUCUGCUGUCCCCCCUUUUUUCCUGCAAUGGUUUGUACUCACUGGGCUGUGCUCUCCCCUCCCUGUUUACCUGAUGUAUGGAAAUAAAGGCCCUUUUCUUCCUGGCUA